GCAACCUGCCAGCCUAUCUUCCCAGGCAACAUACUGAGGAGCCCACGGACUUGUUUGAUUCUGUUCUCAGGCUCCUGAUUAUAUUCUAAACACUGCAGCAACAACAUUACAAGGUACAGGCCGCCCCUGCACCGGCCUCCCCGAGAGUCGACGAUCUCUUCUUCCCCGCGGCGACGAGGGCUCGCAAGAUUUAGGGGCCCGCCCUUUGGACGCCGAGAUAAAGGGAAAUCGGGUGGCAGAACUCGUAGUUGGUCUUCAUAUUCUCGGGCACAGCAGCCCAGAACUACUCUCAACUAUGGAUUGGCUGCGGCAACGACGACUGUGCUCCUGAGACCCGAGCCACACCAUGCGAUCCGUAUCCUCAGGCCUCCUGGCCCUGGUGCUCGGCGUACAGGGCUUCGCCAGCCAGGCACAAGAGGUCACUGCUGCUUCUUCUUCUUCUUCUUCUCUCUCUUCUCCAGAAGUGUGCGAGUCCAAGACCAUCAACUACAUCACGCACACCCUCCCGCAGCAGUGCCUGCGGACCAACUGGUCCUCUUCGAACUCCACCCUGCAGGAUGCCACGACGAGCACGACCACCAGCACAGUCACAUCGGCCGAGACGGCGACAACGACACAGCUUGCCGCAUCGGGCGAGACUGCCGCGCAGGCUGGGUCAUCUCAGGCACAGAGUGGGAGAGAAGAGAAGAAAGAAGAUGUGCCAGUCGACACCAAAGGGCCCAAAGAUGGGGUCGACGAUCCUGAAGACCUGGCCACGAGCUCAUUCAUGUCAUUCGAAGAGUGGAAAGCCAUGAUGCUACAAAAGUCCGGCCAGGACCUAGCUGAUCUGAAGGGGAGAAAAUCCCACGAAGGCCGUGACGGUGCCGAGAUGGGGCCCAACGAAGGGCUGGACAGCUGGGGCGACGAUGGCGAGAUCGCCCUGGACUUUGACGUCCUCUCCGGCAAGAUCUCCGAGAUGGCUGCUACUGCUGGUGCCAAGAGCGCCAGCGCCUCUAUCGACGUGUCGAAUGCGGAGACCCAAGAGCCCGCGGUCUACGGCGACGGCGUGGCUCACUACCGCAGGCCCAAGGAUGCCGGCAUCACCUGCAAGGAGAGGUUCUCGUACUCGUCUUUUGACGGAGGUGCCACUGUCCUCAAGACGAGCCCCGGUGCCAAGAACGCCAAAGCCAUCUUGGUGGAGAACAAGGACUCCUACAUGCUGUUCACGUGUUCCCAGGAGAACAAGUUUGUCAUCGUUGAGCUCAGCGAGGAUAUCCUGGUGGACACCGUAGUCCUGGCCAACUUUGAGUUCUUCUCCAGCAUGAUACGCAGCUUCCGCAUCAGUGUGAGCGACAAGUAUCCUGUCAAGGUAGAAAAGUGGAAGGAUGUCGGCACGUUCCAGGCAAGGAACUCCAGGGACAUACAGGCAUUUCUCAUCGACAACCCCAAGAUCUGGGCCAAGUACAUCCGCAUCGAAUUUCUGUCGCACUAUGGCAACGAGUACUACUGCCCUGUAUCAUUGCUGCGUGUUCACGGCACUCGGAUGCUGGACUCGUGGAAGGAAGCUGAAGCUGGCACGGACGAUGACGAGCCAGCCGAGACAGUUAGCGCUGCGGAGGCUGCGCCUGAGCAUGAGGUGCCACAGGAGAAUAUCAUACCAGUAGACCCAGAGGCGACAAGAACCACUGCAGCAAGUACCGAUACCACUAUGAACAAGACCCAAUCCGUUCAGCCAACUGCCAAAUCACCAUCAAUACCACCCAAGCCACCACCAGGCUCCAAGGUCGGCGGGGAUUCCUCGUCCAAGUCAUCGUCGAAACAACCUACCCACAGCAGUCAGAACAAGACGGCAACAGGCACGUCUUCCUCCGCCAAUGCUUCCCCCACCGUUCAGGAGUCCUUUUUCAAAUCCAUCUCAAAGCGUCUUCAGUUCCUCGAAUCCAACACCACCCUCUCCCUCCAAUACAUCGAAGACCAGUCCAAAUUCCUCCAGGAGGCCCUCCAGAAGAUGGAGCGUCGCCAGAUCUCCCGCGUCGACACCUUCCUCACCAACCUCAAUAAUACUGUUUUGUCCGAGCUGCGCUCCGUCCGCCAGCAGUAUGAUCAGAUCUGGCAGUCCACCGUCCUCGCCCUCGAGACGCAGCGGGAGCAGAGCGACCGCGAGAUUAUCGCGCUCUCCUCGCGCCUCAACCUCCUGGCAGACGAGGUCGUCUUCCAGAAGCGCAUGGCCAUCUUCCAAUCCGUCCUGCUGCUGUGCUGCCUCCUGCUGGUUCUCUUCAGCCGCGGCGUUCUGGGC